AUGGAUACUGUUACGGAGUGGGAAAUGGCCAUUGCCAUGGCUUUGAUGGGCGGCAUUGGAAUAAUUCACUCGAACAACAACGCCGAGGAACAAGCCUCACAUGUCCGCCGCGUCAAAAAAUACGAGCAGGGCUUUAUCAACAACCCUGUUACUCUCCGUCCUACUGAUACUGUUCGAGAUCUUUUGGAGACAAAAGCUAAACAUGGCUUCUCUGGCAUACCGAUAACAGAAUCGAACGAGAAGCACUCUAAGCUGCUCGGCUUAGUCACGAGCCGAGAUAUCGACUUUUGA